CAAGGCAGAAUCCUCUAACUGUCGUCGUUAUGCUGUAUUCUUUGGACGAGUAAGACUCGCACGCCAGCUCAAUGCCAAAAAAAAUCUAGGUUUUGUGGAGUGUUUUUUCUUCGGCAGUCAAGAUAAAAUACGUCAACAAUCAUGUCGAGCUAUUUCCUCAAGAACCUUUACUUAAAUCAAGAACUAAAGCUCGAAGAAUAUGAGCAAAUUCCCUACCCAAGAACUGAGCUUCAUAUCCAUGUCAUGUAUAAGGCCACGCAGAUGUUUUCACUACUCGGUUUUGCCGUGGUGGGACCCAUCACUUGUCUGGUCAAGACCAAGGGCCUGUCGCAGAUAGCUAACUAUGCCCCGAAGAUGGGCACCCGUGGCUUGGCCUUGGGAUUGAUCAUGGGUCCAAUCAUGACGGAGGCGACCAUCCGGAAUGCUACUCAGGAUGCCAUUUACGACCGGAGUUUUCGCCUUCGGCACAACAAGAGACAGCUCAAUGCCGAUCGGUUUUCGACCUUUGGAUUGUUGGGGGGCUUGGCCAUUCAUCGCUUGGCCAGCUUCAACCCAAUUACCGUCAUGGCAGCCGGCUAUGUGUUGGGUUUCGUGGCGAGCAUGGCAAUUCCAGUUAAGGAAUAACUUUGUUCCUGAGAGGAACUUCUUACAAGAAGCUCGACGCACGUCCUUUUUGGCCUACGAGGUAUUAGUAUUUUUUUAUCGGAAAUAAAUCGAAUUUAACCUUCA